AUGGGUGGUUAUAAAGUGAUGAAGAAGUCGAACAAUGACGACGAAAUCCGAGCCGCUCUUAAGCUAAUUUGGACACGAACUAAGCAGCGUGUCGAGCCAUCUGCAGCAGUGCCACUGGCAGGACUUCUGAAAAUCUCUCCGUCCGAGCUCGGUAUCAACAAAGCGGUGCUGCUACUCUGUGGCGGAAAUGUGGAUCUUGAUUUUGUGCCGUAG